ACCUUCCAUGGUCAAUAAUGAGCAACGGCAACACGCUGAGCACAUAUUCUUAUCAUUUAGAAAAUCAAAAUCACCAUUUGCUGUUUGCAAACACAUUUUGGAAACUAGUAAAGUGGACUAUGUCCUUUUUCAAGCUGCUACAGCGAUAAUGGAAGCAGUUGUACGAGAAUGGAUCCUGUUGGAAAAAACUAGCAUCGAGUCACUGCGAACAUUCCUUCUAACCUAUGUCUUACAGAGGCCUAACCUUCAAAAGUAUGUUCGGGAGCAGAUUCUAUUAGCAGUAGCAGUAAUAGUGAAACGGGGAUCACUAGACAAAUCAAUUGACUGCAAAAGCAUUUUCCAUGAAGUCAGCCAGUUGAUCAGCAGCGGUAACCCCACGGUGCAAACUUUGGCCUGUUCCAUUUUAACGGCGUUGCUGAGCGAGUUCUCAAGUUCAAGUAAAACCAGCAACAUUGGACUAAGCAUGGAGUUCCAUGGUAACUGUAAACGUAUAUUUCAGGAGGAUGAUCUGCGGCAGAUCUUCAUGCUCACAGUAGAGGUACUUCAGGAGUUCAGCAGACGUGAAAACCUCAAUGCUCAGAUGUCUUCAGUGUUUCAGCGUUAUCUUGCACUAGCCAAUCAGGUCUUAAGCUGGAACUUCCUUCCUCCAAAUUUGGGCAGACAUUAUAUAGCUAUGUUUGAAUCCUCACAAAAUGUGAUGCUAAAGCCAACAGAAUCCUGGCGCGAGACCCUCCUGGACAGCAGAGUUAUGGAGCUUUUCUUUACAGUACAUCGAAAAAUCAGAGAAGAUACAGAUAUGGCCCAAGAUUCGUUACAGUGUCUGGCACAGCUGGCCUCUUUGCAUGGGCCGGUCUUUCCUGAUGAAGGUUCACAAGUCGAUUACCUGGCACACUUCAUUGAGGGAUUACUGAAUACUAUCAAUGGAAUUGAAAUAGAAGACUCUGAAGCAGUGGGAAUUUCCAGUAUUAUCAGCAACCUGAUAACCGUAUUUCCUCGCAAUAUUUUAACUGCCAUUCCAAAUGAACUUUUCUCUUCAUUUGUUAACUGCCUCGCACACCUCACUUGUUCUUUUGGGAGAAGUGCUGCCUUGGAAGAGGUGCUUGACAAAGAUGAUAUGGUAUAUAUGGAAGCAUAUGAUAAGUUGCUGGAGUCUUGGCUUACUUUGGUGCAAGAUGACAAACAUUUCCAUAAAGGUUUCUUUACCCGACAUGCUGUUCAGGUUUUUAAUUCUUAUAUUCAGUGCCAUCUAGCUGCUCCUGAUGGUACAAGGAAUUUGACUGCCAAUGGCGUGGCCUCUCGGGAAGAAGAAGAGAUAAGCGAGUUGCAGGAGGAUGACAGAGACCAGUUCUGCGACCAGCUGGCCAGCGUGGGCAUGCUGGGGAGAAUCGCUGCAGAGCACUGUAUACCUCUUCUGACCAGUUUAUUAGAAGACCGAGUGACAAGGCUCCAUGGUCAGUUGCAAAGACAUCAGCAACAGCUACUUGCCUCACCAGCGUCAGGCUCAAUUGACAACAAAGUGCUUGAUGACCUGUAUGAGGAUAUUCAUUGGCUUAUUUUAGUCACAGGCUACCUCUUGGCUAAUGAUACUCAGGGAGAGACUCCGCUAAUACCUCCAGAAGUAAUGGAAUAUUCCAUUAAGCAUUCAGCUGAGGUUGAUAUCAAUACAACGCUUCAAAUUCUGGGAUCUCCAGGAGAAAAGGCCUCUUCCAUCCCAGGGUACGACAGAACAGAUUCUGUAAUUAGGUUGUUAUCUGCUAUUUUAAGAGUGUCAGAAGUAGAAUCUCGAGCAAUAAGGGCAAAUCUCACACACCUUCUGAGCCCCCAGAUGGGCAAAGAUAUUGUAUGGUUCCUCAAGCGCUGGGCAAAGACAUACCUCUUAGUCGACGAAAAGCUGUAUGAUCAGAUAAGUCUGCCAUUUAGUACAGCAUUUGGUGCUGAUACAGAGGGUUCCCAGUGGAUUGUGGGUUACCUUUUAGAAAAAGUGAUCAGUAACCUGGCAGUGUGGAGUUCAGAGCAGGACCUUGCAAAUGAUACUGUACAACUGCUAGUAACGUUAGUGGAAAGGAGAGAGCGGGCAAACUUAGUUAUUCAGUGUGAAAACUGGUGGAAUUUAGCUAAACAGUUUGCAAGGCGAAGUCCUCCUCUUCACUAUUUGUCCAGCUCUGUGCAAAGAACACUAAUGAAAGCUUUAGUUUUAGGAGGUUUUGCUCAUAUGGACACAGAAACAAAACAACAAUACUGGACAGAGGUUCUUCAGCCACUUCAGCAGCGAUUCUUGAAUGUGAUAAACCAAGAAAACUUUCAGCAGAUCUGUCAAGAGGAAGAAGUGAAACAGGAAAUCACUGCUACAUUAGAAGCACUCUGUGGCAUUGCUGAGGCUACCCAGAUUGAUAAUGUAGCAAUUCUCUUUAAUUUCCUAAUGGACUUCCUUAAUAAUUGCAUUGGGUUAAUGGAAGUAUACAAAAACACACCAGAGACUGUUAAUCUCAUAAUAGAAGUCUUUGUUGAAGUUGCACAUAAACAAAUUUGCUAUCUUGGAGAGGCCAAAGCCAUGAACUUGUACGAGGCCUGCCUAACUCUGCUCCAGGUAUAUUCCAAGAAUAAUCUAGGUAGACAACGGAUAGAUGUUACAGCAGAAGAAGACCAGUACCAAGAUCUCCUUCUUAUUAUGGAGCUUCUGACUAAUCUUCUGUCUAAAGAAUUCAUAGAUUUCAGUGAUACAGAUGAAGUAUUUAGAGGACACGAGCCUGGGCAAGCUACAAAUAGAUCUGUAUCGGCAGCAGAUGUUGUCUUAUAUGGUGUUAAUCUAGUUCUGCCUCUAAUGUCCCAGGAUCUGCUGAAGUUUCCAUCCCUGUGUAAUCAAUAUUACAAACUAAUCACUUUCAUCUGUGAGAUAUUCCCUGAGAAAAUUCCACAGCUUCCAGAGGACCUCUUUAAGAGCCUAAUGUACUCACUGGAGUUAGGGAUGUCAUCAAUGAGUUCUGAGGUUUGCCAGCUCUGUCUGGAGGCUGUAACACCAUUAGCAGAGCAGUGUGCGAAAGCACAAGAAACAGAUUCAACCCUCUUUCUAGCAACAAGGCACUUUCUUAAGAUGGUCUUUGAUAUGCUGGUACUUCAGAAGCACAAUACAGAAAUGACAACUGCAGCAGGUGAAGCAUUCUACACAUUAGUGUGUUUGCAUCAGGCUGAAUAUUCAGAACUAGUGGAAACAUUGCUAUCAACUCAACAAGAUCCAGUAAUUUACCAGCGAUUAGCAGAUGCCUUCAACAAGCUUACUGCAAGCAGCACUCCUCCUACACUGGACCGUAAGCAGAAGAUGGCCUUCUUAAAGAGUUUAGAAGAAUUUAUGGCAAAUGUUGGUGGACUUCUCUGUGUAAAAUAAACAACAAAACUCUAUGCCUACUUUAGACCCUUUCUGCAAAAUGCACUGAGAAAUGCUGAAUGCUGACUAAAUCUUGUACCUGUCUCCGGGUUCUUUGCAGCCAUCUCAGAUUUUAGAGAGCCUGGAAGUUUGAACAUAACACAGUGGAACAGGAGAGGUCAACUUUGAAUCAGCUUCUGCUAUUAUGUGUUAGCUGCAAUCUGUCAUACUUGUGUGUGAAAAGAAUGAACAGAAAAUCUGAAUUUAAAUUCUUUCCAUAUACAUGCAAACAGAUAUGGGCACAAUGAAAAGUAAAAUCAGUGCCUUUUCCCCCUACUGGUUUAAAAUGAGUAGCCAGAUAAACAUACAGGUUUAUUUUCUACCCAAAACCGUGUUAAGAGUGUGCUGCAGACACAUACAAAGCUCUGAAUAGUUUAGCUGAUUUUAAGCUUUAUUUUUUCCUCUCUGAAGUUUGAGUUUGUGUUCCAAUGGAAAAAGAAAACACCAAAAGGUAUUUUGACUUGUGUUUAGUUUUGUUUUUCUACAUCAACCUGAAGUUGCAUGUUCAAUGUAAUGCAGGUUUUUACAUUAUGUUCUGCUGCCUAAAGUUCGGAAUCAAGAAGGUGUAUAUUUUUGUUCCCCUAAAAUGAACUUUAGGAACUGUAGCCAUUUCCUUGCCUUAAUUUAAAAGAAAAAAGUUCACAUACUUUAGAUAAGAAAUCUAAGGCAAGAUUUGACUCUUCAGAGUUGGUUUAGGGUGUUGGCAUUAAGCUGCUGUGUACCUGUUGCAGCCCUUCAUGUUGACAUGUGUCAUUUUGGAAUGAGUGUCUAAUGCAAGGUUCAUGUGUAGUUUUACUUUCAGUAUCUGUUUUGAUUCCUGUCCAGGUUGCACACAACUGCAAUGUAUUUCUACACUGAACUGUUUGCUAAAGCAAUAACAACUCAAAAGGUGUAAAUUAUUGACUUAAACUUUUUAAAGUUGGGGCAUUAGGUAAAACAAUUAUGCUAGAAGAGGGGCUUCAAACCCUUUUACCCAAGGGCCAUACUUAAUCUUUCUCAACUCAAAUCAACUAAGAUCUGAACUGUUGGGAGGGAUUUUACUUUUUCCUGAAACUAGCUCCGCUUCUGUAGAGCCCUCCCUGCUGCUCUGCUCUUGCUCAGUUUUUUAUAUCAGCACUUCAGCUAUGACGGUAGCAGAGUUAUAGUGCCCUGAGUGUAGUGGACCAACAAGGGAGAGUGGCACGAAAGCACAGAAGCUGGUCAUACUUUGCCUCUAGUCUUGAGCCAGAGAAAACUGAAGCAAACAUAAAUGCUGCACAUCCAGUACCGGUCUUUUUUUGUGGAAACACGUGGAGGCAGGAGAAGUUGGCCCUUUUGCUUAAGACCUCUGCUAGAUUAUGCUGUUGAAUGUUUCCCUUGUUUUUGUUUUUUGGCAUUUAUGUAAAAUGUACAGUAUAUACACCUUUACAUAGCUGUGUAUAGCAUCAUGUUUGCAACUCUGUGCCAUCCUUCAGCUAUUCAUCUCAAAAUUAGUCACAAUAGCCAGAAUUAAAAGGACAUAAAUCUGUACUAUUGUGCUAUAAGUGAUCUAGGGCUUUUUUUUUUUUUUUAAGUGAAAUCUAUGCCUGUCUCAAGCAUGGAUCUACAAGCCCAAAAAUGCCAUCUUGUCUGUAUACUUUUCUGUUUUAAUUUAUGCAUAAACUGGGCAAGGGCAGACUUACCCAUUAAAAAGCAACCAUAAAAUUUGUUAGAGGGAAUACAGGUUGGAAAGGUAUAUUAUUUCUAAGACAAUUUGCGUAGUCUUUUAGGACAGGGAUAUUGCCCUCAAAUUUUUCCUGAAAAACUAAUCCUUUUCUUUAAAAGUUUUCUUGGCUGUGCAUUUGCACUAAUGACAAUGAUUCCAGCAGAUCCUUCUGUUUUUAAACUGUUCCAAUGGCUGUUUUUUUUUCCUUUGCUUGGGUUUUUGCCUUAUUUUUGGAACUGCCUGUAGAAUUUGAGUUUGUUAUGUUCUGUAGGGCAGCAGUUCUGAAACUUGAUUUUUUUUUCUUUUAUUUUUUAUUUUUUCUUCAGCUGAGGGGCAUUAAAGCCUAGGAACACAAGCAGCAGUAGGAACUGCUAGUUUGCUAUGAUGUACUCAAGUGUCAAACAUCUAGACCAAAGUCUUCAAAAAAUAAUGGCAAACGCCUUCAGCCUUUUUGUAUCUGCCUGAAAAACUAAUCUUCUAAAUCAUCGUUUCUAUUAUAACUAGCUCUGUCACUAUCACUUUUUACCCUAAACCGGGCUCAAUAUUUAAAAGUAUUUAUGAACUUUAAAAUUUGGAAAUCCUCUUGAAUAUUGUAAUUGGUGAAUGGGAGUAUGAAUUCAGUUAAUGUUCAGAAUAAAGUAAUAUGCAUGCCCAUUGCUUUUCUAAUCAGGCCCAUCGUAUUGUCACAAGCACUGAUGCACAAUAUGUUUUGCUCAUCAAGACUUGCUAAAUUAAGUACAAACAAUUACUUUCAAAGAUUAGUUUUGAUGAUUGCUUAAAACUUUUUUUUGCCCUUCAUUUAAAAUUGAUGUUAUAUAUUAAAGGGAGGAAACUGUUCAAGGAAAGAUCUUUUUUAAAAGAAUUUUAUUGCUUAAUGUUAUGCUAGGCAACAUUCUUCCUAUCUUGUUAUUUUUUUCUUACAUUCUCAUGUGUUCAGCUUUGAUCUUUCCAUACUAUUUUAUACUUCUCCUGGAGCAAAGGCAAAGAUGUUUCUGUUUAGUGACAUCUAGGAAGUUGUUACAAAACGUGCUGGGAAUAAGUUUUCUUAAUUCAUACUCCUGCUGGCUAGGUGGCUGCUUCUAUGCCUGAACGCUGUGGCUUUUAUAUUCUCUUCCCCCCCUCCCCAAACAAUCCUUUGGUGAUCUACGCAUCCCGCUGCCGUAGAUCUAGAUGCAAAGCUCAUUCAAGUCCAUAAGAAAGAUUCAUAGACCAUUUUCAGUGGACCUAGAGUUGGCUCCAAAUAACUGUUUUGAAGUUUUGUGGCAUCACUGCAUUGAUUUUUCCGUUCACUGUGCAAAGUGAAUAAUGGUUUUAAAAAUGCAUGUGUUUUUUUGAAAAACCAUGCAACUCAAACUGAAUUAUAAAUGCUGCAUGAUAUUGUUGUAAUAAAUAUAUUUGUCUAGUCAUAAGACUUUUUUUCCUGCUAAAAUAGAUUAUUGCCCCAGUGUUUUCAUUCUGACUAGAUUUCCAGUAGUUUAUUUUCUAUUUCUCCAGCCCUUAUCCUUUUGCAAUAGCUACCUUUCAAAUGCUAUCCUAAUAAUUUUUUUGUGGCUCAGCCUAUUAGUUCUGAUACUGGCAAGCAUGACUGUCUAGUUGGGUGGUGAAAUUCAAGGCCUACAUAGCGCAGGUACUAGUGGGCAGUGAGAAGUGGACUGUGUUAGACUUCCACUUUUCCAUGCAUAUGCCUUAAUCAUCUUCACUGAAUGCCACCAGAAUCUGCUGCUUCUUAUUGCCCAAAAGUUUGUGUUUCACUGUUUAGUGAGGAAGGGCUCACUGUUUUCCUCAGGAAUGACGAACUUGUUUUCUCAGCAUGUCCAAAUCUUACUAGUUGAAAGAGGGAUUUGAAUCUGGGUCAUCUCCUUGAUAGUGCAUAGCACUUACUAAAGCCCCACGUUUACCUGGAUAAAUCCCUCUUCUAUUUAAGCCAUGUAGUUGCAGAAAAUAAGCUUGCACAGAAAAGUCCAUUUUCCAUUUAUAAUCUAAUUCUGGGAAAGGUAAUGCAAAUUCUAAUUUCAGUGAUCUGUGAAACCAUUCAGAAGAACAAAUGCAGCAUUUCUAGUCUAGAACACUUUAAUUUCAGUUACAGGUAAAUAAUUACGUAAGAAGGGGUGUUUUUUAUGGAAGCAGUUUAUGAAUAUAAGUGCAGGAGUAGGAGCCAGGCUCCUCUAAUUUUGUAUCAGAUUUUCCACUGGGUCCACUGUGGGCCAUCGGCAAGUUGCUAAAACUGUGUCUUUAUUUAAAAAAAAAAAAAA